AUGGGCGCCCGUUUGAACAAUUUCACACGAAAUGGGGCGCCUCGCCACGUCCUGCUUGCCACAUGGCUGCAUAUGAAGGCACUUGUCGAAGACGAGAUCCUCACAAUGCCAACUCCACCAAGCAAAGACCGCGGCCAGAAGCGCAAGCGCGUUUCCGUCGGCGGACGGCUCUUGACACAUGAGGUCUUACAGGAAAUUGAAGCGUCCACCGCCAGAUCGGGAGCUAAAGGGCGCAAACACGCGAACACGAGUAGUUCAGGUGCUAAGCCUUCCAAGAAGACGACCUCGAUGUCGCCAAGCGUUGACACUGGCAGUGAUAUUGUAGAUUCUACAGUAGUUUAG